AUGGGCGAACAUGCAUUACUGGAAGAUUCCAUUCAGCAGAUGGUUAUGUCGGCCGAAUCUAAACUGCAAGUGUGGAGUAUUAAGUACGGCACUUUAGACGCUGUGAACAUUCUGCUGAAAGACUACAAUGAGUUUUGUGUUACGAGAAAUUUCCCUCAGGCUUGUGAAACUGUAAAAAAUGAAGUUGAACAGUUUUUGGCCACACAUGCAACGAAUGGGGUAAAAGGUCCCUCCCCUGAAUCCAGACUGCGGUCGCUUCUCUCGACCCUGGACAAUAUCCAGGUAGAACUGAAGGCAACGGGGGUCAUGUUGACUGAAGUGAGAGACACGUGGAGCAGGUUCAACACUUCAGCCGAAGAUCUCAAAGGAUACAUGAAGCAGUGCCUGGAUAUUCUCAAGGCCACCCGUCCCCAACUUGAGAACUCGGCGUCCGAAUCGUCAGUUUCAGCAGAUUUUUUCCAAGACUUCCACCACUGGGCUGGCAUACACACCAUAGUGAAUGAGAGUGGCAACUUUCUAAUAGAGGGUGCGGAUGACAAGACAAGGGAGAAGUUGAAGAAACAGGUGCUUGCCAUCAACUCCAGAUGGAAGGAGAUCGCAGACACAGUCAAGGCCAACUUCGGCGACAAAAUGAAAGUUCAACAAUUGAGGAAGUUUGAAGAAGAUAUCUCCAAAUGUAAUAAGUGGGUAAGCGAAGCGAGAAAAGUUCUACAACAUGGUACAACUACAACUACAAGUAACAGCGGGACCAGCUGCAGAGUAAAAUGCAACCUCACAGAUAUCAUCGCCAGGCAGGAUCAACUGAAGGAAUUGGAACUGGAUCUACCUGAUGUUGAGGAACAGUUUAAGUCACUUAACAGACUCUGUCAACUAAUCGUGCCUCAGGUCUCAGACGACCAAAAGUCCAAAAUAGUAUCCAGACUUCGCAAGCUGAAAGACGACAUCUUAGACGUCAAAACCAGAGUAGCAGCUGAGAUCGAGGACUCGAUAACUGCCGUUGAUUUGGUCCAGAAUUACGAGCAGAGAACACAGUCAGUUCAACUGUGGAUCUCGCGCUGUCGAGAAUUGUUCGGUGAAAUUGAAAAGGGACUAGAGUUGAACCAACUUGAAACUUUUAGACGCAAACUCCAGGAGUUGAAUAAUUCGGAAAAUUUGGACUCGGAUCUCAAAGACCUUUCGUCGCUGAUCAGUCAGUUAUCUCAACACGAGAGCUUAGAUACGAAAGCGAUUUCCAACGAACUAGUGGUUAUUCGCAAUAACUACCAGACUUUCCGGUCUCGUUUAUCUGAAGAAAUGACAACAAUGGAGUCGCGAAUCCAAGAAUCGACCCGACUUCACAAAAUGCGAGCCGAGUUCGAGUCGUCGCUUGACGAAGCCCGACACGCGUUGUCACGUGGGACGCCUAUGCAGUCGCGAGACGACCACACACUCAUGUUGAAAUCCACGAAGAACAAACUGGAGUCGGUGACGAGUCGGAUGUCGGAAUACAAAAGGAUGUCGGAAAGCAUUUCGUCCUACUCGGCUCUGAACGCGAAGACGAAACGACAAGUUGUGGAACAAGCGCGAAAAUUACAACAGUCUUCUAAUGAUCUGUUCGAAGAGUUGCGCGUGGCGGUGGAGCGGGAGGACGUGGCCACGCAGGAGCGGCUGUUCCUCCAGAUGAUUUCAAAGGGGGAGGCUCAGCUGCACGAGGAGACCAGUCGCAUCAAGGCCGGAUCCCCAAUCGAAGACAUCCUGAGUAACCACGUGGCGUUCUUCGAGAACCAGCAUCAUCUCGAAGACGGAUCCCGUGCCCUGGAAGUGCUUAGUAAAAGUAAGAUGAGAGAGAGCCAACCACAGCUGUUCCAGUCCCACCAAAACAGAUGGGGGGACUUUUUGGACAGGGAGCGCCAGUUCUUGAGCGAGUUGCAGGGGAUCCCAGAGAAGAUGGAGAGAUACAGACAAAGGUUCGAAAAAAUACAAUCCAUAGUGGACAGUUGCUCGAGUUACGUAACAUGCAUACAAGACGAGACAUUCUCUAACAGUUCGCAAGAGGGCUUCGAAAAUUUGGCUGGUCAGCUGCAGUCUCACCAGGAAAAGAUUGCACGCGUGCAGGCGGAAUUGCAUGCAAUGAAUGAGAUAUUGCAGGCGCUAAGACAGUGGAUGUCGGAGGAUAAGUUCAAACGAGAGGACAAUAAACUCAUCCGGCUCAACCACAAGUAA